CUGGUCUCGGUGUAAACAAGUCCUGGCGAUUGCGAACCCGGGCCGGGGCGGGGGGUGACGGCGCCCACCAGGAGCGCCCCCCACUCCCAGGCCAGGCCAGCCCCGGCGGACUGGGCCCCCGCGCGCCCAGACGAGGCACUGGGCUCCCUCUGCUCCCCGUGGGCCGCUCCCCGCGUGGGGCCACUGCCCCUGGCCCCCGCCAUGGUGCGGAUUUCCAAGCCCAAGACGUUUCAGGCCUACUUGGAUGAUUGUCACCGGAGGUAUAGCUGUGCCCACUGCCGCGCUCACCUGGCCAACCACGACGACCUCAUCUCCAAGUCCUUCCAGGGCAGUCAGGGGCGUGCCUACCUCUUCAAUUCUGUGGUGAACGUGGGCUGCGGGCCAGCCGAGGAGCGGGUGUUACUCACAGGUCUCCAUGCCGUCGCCGAUAUCCACUGCGAGAAUUGCAAGACCACUCUGGGCUGGAAAUAUGAACAGGCCUUCGAGAGCAGCCAGAAGUACAAAGAGGGGAAGUACAUCAUUGAGCUCAACCACAUGAUCAAAGACAACGGCUGGGACUGACCGCUGCUCCGCACGCAUGGUGGCGCCCGCCCGGCCUGGCCGCCAGGGGGCGCCGCCGGCUUCGCUCCGCCGGAAGGGAGAGCUCCGGACCCUCGGGGCUCUCGCGGAGGGAGGAUCCAGCCCCUGUACAUACAUACUUUAUUGCAUGCACUGUGACCUUGGGGGUGGGGGGGGAGACCUGCGAUCUGGCUGGCUUGGAUCUCAUUUUUCACCCCUCCCCGUCCCGCCCGCCCCGUGGCUGUGGCCUGUGUGCUGUGCUCUCCGCCCCCGGGCACCGCCUGCCCUGUGAACCCGGCCCCUCCUGCCCCACGUAUGUCUGUGUCCCUCGUUCUGUAGCGUUUGUAUAUAAUAAAGCAAUGGCGUGCAGGCAGGCCCGGGCUCACGUGGACU